CAGUCAUCAUCACCAAUGCGCGCAGAACAGAACACAACUACCCUUCCCUUAAUUGUUCUCUCCACUAGAGCCUACCUGCCUAACCCUCAACUACCAUGCUAGGACUUAAUGGCUUGCUCCUUCCCCGCCAGCACCACCUUCUGCGCCGCCGCCUCCUCUACAUUCACCACGGUUUCUCCACCACUACAUCGCCGUCGCUUCACCUUCCACUAUGUCAUCCCAGCUAUCUUGUUUGGUCCGCCAACACAUCCCUCGGGAAAACCCUAGUUUCCACCGGUAUCGCCUCCUCAUUUCUCCUCUCCUCAUCGGCCAGGAAAUUCUUUUACAUCAAACCUGUCCAAACCGGCUUCCCCUCCGACUCUGACUCUCGCUUUCUGUUCUCCAAACUCUCAUCCCUCUCCCUCCGUCACAAUACUGCCCUCUCUCUUUCCAAUACCGUCCUCAAAACCUCCAUGUCCGCAGCUGAAUCUCUCCUCGCUGACGGAAAGGAGCGCAGCUCAGGGAUUUGCGAUUUGAAUUUUUACGAGGAGAGGCGCCUCUCGGGGGCAACGUCGGAGCUGGUCUGCAAGACGCUGUACGCAUGGAAGGAGGCAGUGUCGCCGCAUUUGGCUGCGGAGAGGGAGGAUGCGAUGGUGGGGGAUUCUGCUGUGGCUGCGAUGCUGGAAAGCUGCUUGAGAGAAGGAAUGGUGAGUGGAAAUCAAGACGAAGGAAGAGAGGUUUUGUGCGUCGUGGAGACUGCUGGCGGGGUUGCAAGUCCAGGUCCCUCUGGAACUCUUCAAUGUGAUUUAUAUCGGCCUUUCCGGCUACCCGGCGUUCUUGUUGGUGAUGGAAAACUUGGUGGCAUAUCUGGAACCAUUUCGGCUUAUGAGAGCUUAAAGCUUCGAGGGUAUGACGUUGUUGCUGUUGUUUUUGAAGAUCAUGGCCUUAGUAACGAGAGGCCACUAAUGUCAUAUUUGCGAAAUAGAGUGCCGGUGCUUGUGCUUCCACAUGUUCCAGAGGAUCCCUCAGAUGACCUGUCCGAAUGGUUUGGUGAAUCUCGCAAUGUAUUUAAAUCGUUAGAAGAGAUCAUGCUAUCAGCUUAUUCAGAAAGAAUAGGAAGAUUACGUGAAGUGCCAAAGCGGGCAGGACAGGUGUUUUGGUGGCCGUUUACCCAGCACACUCUUGUACCAGAAGAAACUGUUACAGUAAUAGAUUCGCGUUGUGGUGAAAAUUUUGCAGUCUAUAAGGUUCAAAGUAAUUCCAUGGUUCAAGUAUUUGAUGCAUGUGCAAGUUGGUGGACUCAAGGACCAGAUUAUGCAUUACAGAUUGAGCUCGCAAGAGAAAUGGGUUAUACUGCUGCAAGAUUUGGGCACGUUAUGUUCCCUGAGAAUGCCUAUGAACCAGCUCUAAAAUGUGCAGAGCUUUUGCUUGAGGGUGUUGGGAAAGGUUGGGCUUCUCGGGUAUACUUUUCAGAUAAUGGAUCUACAGCAAUUGAAGUUGCUCUAAAGAUGGCAUUUCGGAAAUUUUCUUCUGACCAUGGAAUCCUGUCAGAUAUUCAUAAGAACGAGAACAGAGAGGAAAAAUGUAUUGAGCUAAAGGUCUUAGCUCUUAAAGGAUCUUAUCAUGGUGACACUUUGGGUGCUAUGGAAGCACAAGCGCCAUCAUGUUAUACUGGAUUUCUCCAGCAGCCAUGGUAUACUGGAAGAGGUCUCUUUCUGGAUCCACCUACAGUCUUAAUGUGCAAUGGGAUAUGGACUCUUUCGGUACCUGAAAGUUUAAAAUCUGAAAAUAUAUUCCUUACAGAUAAGACCUUUGGCACCCAGGCUGAGAUUUUUGACAAGAGCAGGGACAAAUCUGAUGUUGCCAAAAGUUAUUCCUCGUAUAUAUUGCAGCAAUUACUUCAAUACUCUGGGUCAAGAGGAUUCAACCAUAUUGGGGCAGUGAUCAUAGAACCAGUUAUACAAGGAGCCGGGGGAAUGCAUAUGAUUGAUCCGCUGUUUCAGCGGGUACUUGUCAGUGAGUGUCGAAGUCGAAGAAUUCCAGUUAUAUUUGAUGAAGUUUUUACUGGUUUCUGGCGCUUGGGAGUAGAGACUGCUGCCGAACUACUUGGUUGUCUGCCAGAUAUAGCGUGCUUUGCUAAGCUGAUGACUGGUGGGAUUAUUCCCUUGGCUGCCACUCUUGCCACAGAUGCUGUUUUUGCUUCAUUUACUGGAGACUCAAAGCUCAAAGCUCUGUUGCACGGACACUCCUAUUCAGCACAUGCUAUGGGGUGUGCAGCAGCUGUUAAGUCUAUGAAAUGGUUCAAAGAUCCACGGACAAACCUCAAUAUCAAUUCUGAAGGAAAGUUGCUUAGAGAGUUAUGGGACUUGGAACUGGUGCAGCAGAUUUCAUCACACCCUGCUGUGCAAAGAGUGGUUGCACUAGGAACUAUAUGUGCCAUAGAACUACGAGCCGAUGGUUGUAAUGCGGGGUAUGCAUCAUUAUAUGCGACAUCACUUGUUCAAGUUCUCCGUGAAGAUGGUAUUUACAUGAGGCCUUUGGGUAAUGUCAUCUAUCUCCUCUGCGGACCCUGUACGCCUCCUGAGAUCUGCAGGCAGCAGCUUGUUAAAGUCUAUGAAAGAGUAAAGGAGUUCAACCAAGAGUCGGAGAAAUUGAGAUCAUGCCAGUUGUGAAAAUCAGCUGUUGUUUCUCCUCUCCUAUGGCUGCCGAGCCCUUGCUGAGGAGUUAUGACGACCAGAAAUUAACAAGCAUUCAGUACUGUUUCCAAUGCAGUAAUGCUCAUUAUUUCAUCAGAUCUCAUUUGUGGAUAGAUCUUAACAUAAAACCUUUUGAAUCUAGUAUUUAUAUAAAUCCUGAUCCAGACUGCAUGGAGUAUAUAUUCAUUUUCUUGGUGCCAGUUCAAUUUAAAAGAUUCCUUUGUAAAGGAAUUCCAUUUGAAACAUACACUCCGGUUUGAUCAUAAACCAAGAAGUUUUUUGUUUUGUCCCGGUUCAGCCGUCCGCUUUAUAUAUUUGAUUUAGUUUAAUGCCAUUGAAUAAUGUAACUUUUUUCUUCUUUUACGUACGAAGACAGACUUAAUAUAUUAGUAGUUCAUGAGAUGUAA